UGCCAAAGAGCGCGUGAAGAUGCUGGUUUGGCGCUGUAAAUUCACCAACGUCGCUCUACACGCAUUCCCUUUGGGGAAUUUCGUCGAACACCUCUCGACAUUCAAAGCAAACAAACUGCGUUCUUGCACGAUCACCCCAAAAACCUUGGCAACCCCCAAAACCCUGAAGUGUGCCUAUUUCGAAACCCUAAACUCCUCACAGAAAGACCAGAUUCAUCUCUAUGUUGACACUCUUCUCAAAUGGAAUCAAAAAAUGAAUCUAACGGCUGUUAGGGAAGCGAAUGAGGUCAUGGAGAGGCACGUUGAGGACUCGCUUGCAAUUAUACCUCCGAUUCUGAGCUCUUAUACCUCGCAUUGUAUCAAUUCAUGCGACAAUCUGAGCCUAGUUGAUGUUGGAAGCGGUCCUGGGCUUCCUGGAUUAAUCUUAGCUAUCGCUUGUCCAGAUUGGAAAGUAACACUUUUGGAGUCCAUGAGCAAGCGUUGUGUUUUCUUGGAGCAUGCAAUUAACCUUAUUGGAUUGUCAAAUGUGGUAGUUGUACGAGGAAGAGCAGAGAACUUGGGACAAGAUCUUGGCUUCAGAGAAACGUUUGAUGUGGCAGUGGCCCGAGCGGUUGCAGAAAUGAGAAUUCUAGUGGAGUAUUGUAUUCCUUUUGUUCGUGUUGGUGGACUCUUUGUGGCUGCAAAGGGUCAUGAUCCUCAGGAAGAAGUUAGAAAUGCAGAAAGAGCAAUUAGACUGAUGGGAGCUUCAGUACUUCAACAGUGCUCAGUUGAAUCACAGAGUCUUCGUGGACAGCGUACUGCCAUUGUUUGUACUAAAGACCGCCCUACCCCAAGGAGGUAUCCCCGUGAUACAGGGAUACCAGGGAAAUCACCAUUGUAAAUACUUCAGGAACUAUUUGCAACACAACCACUACCAUCAGAGACAGAAAAUGCCAAGCAGCAGAUCCCCAAAAUAUCUCUACAGCAGGUCCCCAAAAUAUCGCUACCCAGCCACCUCUGUGGUGCCAUGCACUGGCAAAAGAACUCCUGUCUGUGCUUUCCUUCUCAAACCACUGCUACUACUGCAAUCCCCAUCCCUCAAUCUACCAGCACCAGGGAAACCAUUGCUGGACGACCACCACCGGUGGCACAUGCCGCGCUGGUGACAUGCGUGUGAAUGAAAUCCAGUAUUUGAAAUUUUGAUCUGCAGUAGGAUAGGUUGUGAUGGGGAUCAGCAUGCCCUACCCAUCUUAUUUUCAAAUGUUGUGACACAUGGACGACCUCCUGAUGUCCACAUUUCCUUUGCCGACAUAAUGACUCGUGGACGACCUCCCGAUGUCCACAUUUCCUUUGUUGAUAUGCUGACACAUAGACGACCCCAGAUGUCCACAUCAGCUCGUGAUUAUUUUGUAGAUGCUUGAAGAAUUUUCGCUGUGAGAAAGACCCCAGUAGAGAUGCUGAAGCAAGUCCGAGUUCAAGACCCAUGUGGGCCCCACACGGCUCCAUUGGGCCCCACAUAGAAUUGGGCCUCCCUUUGACUUUUGUUUUAUAUUUAAUUUGUAAUCUUGCAAGACAACUUGCUUGCUUGCAUGUGCAUGUCUUAGUAAGUUGUGUGUGUUGCAAGUUGUGUUAGUAUUUAUUGUGUUUAGAAAGUUGGAGGAUUUAUUUUGUUAGUAACUUGUAAGAGUAAUUAAUGUGUUUAGUAAGUUGGUGUCUUUAUUA